AUGUUUAACUACAAAUACUUGACGGAGAGCCAUUUAAAAGGAUUUGACAAUUACAAGUACAGAGCUGUCGACACAAGCCCACUCAGCAAGUAUGUGAUGCACCCAACGUGGAACAUCACGGUGAAGUUCUUACCGAGAUCGGUAGCGCCGAACCUGCUUACUUUCCUCGGUUUCGUCUGCGUGGUGGCCGUGGCGGCGGCCACCUGGUGCUACGACCACGAUUGGUACGCGUCCGGCGGGAGGCCCGGGCACCGGUACGACGGGCGGUACGAGAUACCGAACUACGUGUACACCAUCAGCUCAGUGCUGAUCUUCCUCGCUUACAAUUUAGAUGGCAUAGACGGGAAGCAGGCGCGACGCAUCGGCGUGUCUGGGCCCCUCGGCGAGAUGUUCGACCACGGCCUGGACUCGAACAUUGUGUUCCUCAUACCGUUCUGCCUGUUCUCAAUAUUCGGCAGGGAUGAGUUCUCCGUCCCGAUAUUCCGGGGGUACUUAAUUGUGGCGAGUGUCGUGCUUAACUUCUACAUUACCCAUUGUGAGAAAUACAACACGGGAGUAUUAUAUCUACCCUGGGGAUACGAUGUGGCAAUGUGGGCCGCUGUUCUUUUGUUCCUGGUAGCGGGCGUCAAUGGCCCGGUGUGUUACAAAGUGCACGUUUUCGGUGAUGUCACCUUCGCCCAACUGCUAGAGGUCGCCAUCCACGCGACUGGACUGUUCACCACUCUGCCCGUAUCCAUCUACAACGUUCUUCUAUCUUAUAAGGACCGUUCGGGCAAGUGCUACACACUGAUGGAGGCGGUGCGACCUCUGUGGUCGAUCACUUCGAUGAUCGCCGUGAUGACCUACUGGGGGGUGAUGUCGCCGAACAACAUAAUGGAGAACCACGCUCGAGUUUUCCUGCUGUUAUUCGGCACGCAGUUUAGCAACAUCGCUAGUCGGCUGAUAGUGGCGGAAAUGAGCGACCAGCGUUGCGAACUCUUCAAUCGGCUGCUAGUGCCGUCUCUGGCUGCGGUGGCCAUAUCAAUGUACCAGCCCCAAUUAGAAGUAUACGCUCUGCACACCCUCCUCAUAGCUUCGUUGCUAGCGCACGUACAUUAUGGGGUUUGCGUGGUCCGUCAAAUGUGCGAUCAUUUCAAUGUCAGUUGCUUCACCGUGCAACAGAAAAAUAGAGGGAAAUCGAAUAAU